GUUUGAUCGAAGAAGCUUUGUUGGAGAAAUUUCUGGCAAAGUUGACCCCAAACAGAUUAAGGGCUCGUUCGAUUCACCACCAAUUGGAAAAGGAAGAAUUAUAUGUUGACUUAAUUGUAUCCGGCCGGUCGGUCGGUCAGUCCCACCAAGCCGUAAAUAUAUGUGAGUGUUUGGUGUUCCAUAUUAGUCUGACAACACGCAAGCAAAAUCCAUGCAUUCAGACGGUUGUAUCCCUAUUACUUUGCCUUAAUUCCUUGAGCUACCCCUCACCUCCAUUAAAGCGGCAAACACGAAAAUGAAACAUUCGAAUUACCCUCCAAAAUUUUCCUUUCUUCGUGGCGACUCACACCUUAUAUACACCUUGCUUCUCCAUCAUCAACCUUCACAUACACCCCAUCUUCCAAACUGUGUCCGGUCCAGCCACCACGUUGUGGUGCAUAGGUCAAUAUGUCGCAAUCGAUGGUUGUUGAAGGUUGUUGAUGCCGGCAGUGCUGCCGGGAACCCCGACAAAACCCGACGGAAGUUUAAGAAGGGUGACCGGACCCCUCGGAUGGACUCACAGGGAAGAAGAAAUCUUGGCAGCGACUUUGAUGGAACAACGGUAUACAUCGCAAGUAAGAACAACAUAAGCAAAUCAAUGGUGAGAUGCAUUUACCGCACCUUGAACCACUUCCAACUAUAG